AUAAUGGCAAAUUUCUCGUCGAAUAGGUCAGUGUGCACGCGUGACCGCGAAAAGUUGUUUCGACCUCCUCGGCUGCUGCUUUCCGCUGACCUCGCCGUGCCAUUGAGAUGUCAUAGAACCUGCCGAGCCGGUCGCAGGCGCGAGGAGAAUGGGGACGGAGGCCGACGCCGCAGCCGUGGAUUCGCUUCGGUCGCAGAUCCCGUUCCAGACCGACGGGGAGCUCAUCCUCCCGCCGCGCGAUGUGGGGCUCGUCCUCGUCGACCUCUGCAACGGCUUCUGCACCGUCGGCGCCGGGAACCUCGCUCCUGUUGCGCCAAAUAAGCAGAUAAGUAAAAUGGUGGAAGAGGCCGCUAGGCUCUCUAAGCUGUUCUGUGAUAGAAACCUGCCGAUCUUUGCAUUCCUGGAUACCCAUUAUCCAGAUAAGCCGGAGCCACCGUAUCCUCCUCACUGUAUCAUUGGUACUGGGGAGGAGAACUUCGUUCCAGACCUGGAGUGGUUGGAAAAGGAGCCAAAUGUGACUAUAAAGAGGAAAAGUUGUAUUGACGGUUACAUCAGCUGCAUAGAGGAGGACGGGUCUAGUGUUUUUGUUGACUGGGUGGGAAAAUAUCAGAUCAAAACUGUCUUGGUACUCGGGAUAUGCACGGACAUCUGUGUUUUGGAUUUUGCAAGCUCAACUCUGGCUGCUCGAAAUAUUGACCGAGUGCCUCCAUUACGAGAUGUCGUGAUUUAUUCAGAGGGGUGUGCUACAUAUGACCUUCCUGUUGAGAUCGCUAUGAAUAUCAAAGGAGCUCUUGCCCAUCCUCAGGACCUGAUGCAUCAUAUUGGACUCUAUAUGGCCAAAGGAAGGGGUGCAAAGGUUGUUGACAGGGUGGUUAUUGAACCUUGAAUAAAAAAAACUUCCCUCAUCGUAGUGAUGUUGCUAGAGUUUCCUGUCUUCUCAUCCUUCCAUUGUAACAAUCAGAUAUAUAUGCGUCUUAGCAUAAAGUUGUUGAGAUACUAAUGCUAGCGACAACUAUGUUGACUUGUCGAGUAUGUAGAGAUGGGCUCAUCAUUUUGUGGUGAGCUUGUACAUAUUUCCUGA